CGUGUUUAUUUUCAUUUCGAAGCGAUAAUGUUCGUCAGAAACCGGUUGAUAUAAGUCAUUCGGUCCAUUAUUUGAUCAGUAUCCUUUUUCAGUAGCAUAACGACAGUUACCAUCUACUAGUAGCAUUCAACCUUUUACAAUAUCUGUGUUCGUCAAUAGAUAAGAAAACCCCCGCAAAAAUGAAGACUGAUUUGUGCUGCUAUCUACUUGGUGUGCUGGGGCUAACGAUCGUUCUCGGACCUGCCGCGAUCAAUGGACAGGUUGGCGAUAUUGCACGACCGAUCGAGAGCAAAGAACUGAAAUGCCUCGUGUGCAAGGCGUCGAUGGCAGAGAUGGAGCUGGCCGCUUCCAAGGUGGAUCCGAACAAAAAGGUGGAAAUAGGCGACUACCGGCUCGAUACCACGGGUGAAUCGAAGAAAAAGAAAAAGAUCCUCUACGCCAAGUCGGAAAUGUACCUCACGGAAAUGAUGGAGACGGUGUGCGAUCGUAUGGACGACUACGCCAAGGCACGUUACAAGAAAACUGGCCGCCCUGUGGUGCUGAAGAUGAUGACGGAAGGUGGCAUGAACCCCGACAUGGCCCACGUUAACUUCGUGCAAGAGGGAGACCUCAAUAAAACCCUGAAGCAUCUUUGCCUGGAGAUCGUGGAAAAUUACGAUGAGGAUAUCAUCCGGAUGUUCCAGGAGGAAGUCGUAAAGGAUACCGACAUUCGGUUAUGUUCACAGGUUGCUAAAUACUGCAAGGAGCAACCGGUCGACGAUGAGUACGAGUAUGAGGAGAGCGAAGAGGCCCAUGAGGAAUUGUAGAGACGGGAUGUCCAAGACGUUCACCAUUCCUAUGCAUAGAACCAUGAAAGCUAGUGAAGAAGUUGUGCAAAGUAACGAAUCAAAGUUACAUCCUUCAUUGUUAAUCCUUAAAUCAUUCAAAAGGGUACCUAAAUAGGACAUAGACUUAUUAAGCUUCAGUAAAUGAUAGCGAGAACAACAGAGUUGAAACACAAGAAUAAAGUUUUUGUACGAAAUAUAGCUACUUAA